UAAAUAUCCCACGAUGUCCGACCCCAACAAAACCUCUAACCCUCGUCUCGUCACUCCCUGGAGAAUUUGCCCACCUCAAUCAUCGGACCAGUCGUACAAGGCAACUCUUCGGUCGAGUUCCCGAUCCCCCCUCGAUUCUCAGAUUCUCGAGGGUUUCAGGAUGGUGUCCGACGCCAGCAAGAAGAAGGCCGCCCAGAAGAAGGCAGCCGCCGCCGCCAAGCGAGGCGGAAAGGCCGCAGCCGCCGCCGCCGCAUCAGCUUCGUCCAGGGCCGUCGAUGCUCAGAACGGAGUCGAUAAGCUGGCGGACGGAGUCGGUUCGAUGCAGAUAUCAGAUCGGACCUGCACCGGCGUCCUCUGCUCCCAUCCCCUGUCGAGGGAUAUACGGAUAGAGUCUCUAUCCGUUACUUUUCACGGGCAUGAUCUUAUUGUUGAUACCGAGCUGGAGCUCAAUUAUGGCAGGCGAUAUGGCUUGCUUGGAUUGAAUGGUUGUGGUAAAUCCACGCUCCUUGCUGCAAUUGGGUGCCGAGAGCUUCCUAUACCAGAUCAUAUGGAUAUCUAUCAUCUUACCAGAGAGAUAGAAGCUUCCGACAUGUCUUCACUUGAGGCUGUCAUAAACUGUGAUGAGGAGAGAUUGAAAUUGGAAAAGGAGGCCGAAACUCUGGCAGCACAGGAUGAUGGAGGUGGAGAGGCUCUUGAAAGAGUGUAUGAGCGCCUGGAAGCAAUCGAUGCAGCCACAGCUGAGAAACGUGCAGCGGAGAUCCUGUAUGGUCUCGGUUUUAAUAAGAAGAUGCAGACGAAGAAAACCAGGGAUUUUUCUGGUGGCUGGAGAAUGAGGAUUGCUUUAGCACGUGCUCUCUUUAUGAAUCCCACUAUCCUGUUGUUGGAUGAACCGACUAACCAUCUUGACCUCGAGGCCUGUGUCUGGCUUGAGGAGAUGUUGAAGAAGUUCGAUCGGAUCCUCGUGGUGGUAUCACAUUCACAGGAUUUCCUGAAUGGUGUUUGUACAAACAUCAUUCACAUGCAAAGCAAGAAAUUGAAGCUCUAUACCGGAAACUACGAUCAAUAUGUCCAGACCCGUGCUGAACUGGAGGAGAAUCAGAUGAAGCAGUACAAGUGGGAGCAGGAGCAGAUUGCCUCGAUGAAAGAUUAUAUUGCCCGAUUUGGGCAUGGGUCCGCAAAAUUGGCCCGUCAAGCCCAGAGCAAAGAGAAGACACUAGCCAAAAUGGAGCGAGGUGGGCUUACAGAGAAGGUCGCAAGAGACAAGGUCCUGGUCUUCCGAUUUGUUGAUGUGGGCAAGCUUCCUCCUCCAGUCCUGCAGUUUGUUGAGGUAACAUUUGGUUACACUCCUGAUAACCUUAUCUACAAGAACCUUGACUUUGGGGUGGACUUGGACUCGAGAAUUGCUCUGGUAGGGCCUAAUGGGGCUGGGAAGAGCACAUUGCUGAAGCUGAUGACGGGGGACUUGGCGCCUACUGAUGGAAUGGUGAGGCGGCAUAACCACCUUAGGAUCGCCCAGUUCCAUCAGCAUCUUGCUGAGAAACUUGACCUUGAGAUGUCUGCCCUCCUGUAUAUGAUGAGGGAGUACCCUGGCAACGAGGAGGAGAAGAUGAGGGCUGCCAUUGGGAAGUUUGGUCUGACGGGCAAGGCUCAGGUGAUGCCCAUGAAGAAUCUCUCCGAUGGGCAGCGGAGCAGGGUGAUCUUUGCUUGGCUUGCUUGGAGGCAACCCCAUAUGCUCUUGCUUGACGAGCCGACCAACCACUUGGAUAUCGAGACAAUCGAUUCACUUGCUGAGGCGCUGAAUGAAUGGGAUGGGGGACUGGUUCUCGUGAGCCACGACUUCAGGCUCAUAAACCAGGUGGCACACGAGAUAUGGGUGUGCGAGAACCAAGCCGUGACGCGAUGGGAGGGUGAUAUUAUGGAUUUCAAGGAGCACCUCAAGAGCAAAUCAGGCAUGUUCGAUUAAACCUGAGGCGGGCUAUUAUCAUCACUGAUGAUGGCGGCAAUGGCAACGACGACGACGACGACAACGAUGACGGUCUUCUGGUAGUUAAUAUUGGGAAUCGCGGUUUAGCUUUAGCCAAUAUGGGACGAAGUUACCUUUCUUGCGCUGGGCGGGAAGAGGGGGCGGAAGGCUUAGUUAUUGAUUGGAGCCCGGCUGGGCCCCUCUGUCCAGCUGAGAGAUUUUUUUUUUUUUUGGCCCGACUUCGGAUGCUUUCAAUAUGCGCGACAUUUUAUUUUUCUUUAUGCUGUUGAUCCGACCCGACAUGAUAUUUACCAUUGGUGGCUAUUAGCCGUACCCAAGGGUCCUUAAUUAUAUGUUGUACUUAUGAAGCUUAUUCAGAGUAUUAUUGAAUCUUUAGUUGUAUUUUUAAUAAGAGCCUGAAUUCCCUUUCAA